AUGCCCAGCCCGGGGCCCUCCGCGACCGCUCUGCACAUCGCCGUGGUGCUGGGGCUGCCCGGGGCCGUUUGGAAGUUGAGAGCAGCGGGUGCGGGCGUGACGGUUCGGGAACGGGGUGGUCACACCCCCCUGCACCUCGCCUGUCGCGAGGGCCACCCCGCCUGCGCCCAUGCCCUUCUGGGAGAGCUCCCCGACCCCCGAAACGCCCGCCAGGAUUCCCAGAAGGAGGAGGAGGAGGAGCGGCAGGCGCAGCUGGAGAGCCAGACCGCGCUGCACGUCGCCGUGGUGCUGGGGCUGGCUGGGGCCGUGCGGCGUCUGCGGGCAGCGGGUGCGGGCGUGGCCGUGCGGGAACGGGGUGGUCAUACCCCCCUGCAUCUCGCCUGUCGCGAGGGCCACCCUGCCUGCGCCCAUGCCCUGCUGGGAGAGCCUCGCGAGCCCCGGGACGCCCGCCAGGAUUCCCGGAAGGAGGAGGAGGAGCGGCAGGCGCAGCUGGAGAGCGUCAACUACGACGGGUACACCCCCCUCCACGUGGCCGUUCUGCGCCGGGACCCCGAACUGGUGCAGCUCCUGCUCCGCGCCGGCGCCGACCCCGACCGGCCGGAGCCGAGCUGUGGCCGCACCCCGCUGCAUUUGGCCUCAAAAAAAAACCCAGAGCCGAGCUGUGGCCGCGCCCCCUGCAUCUGA